AUGGUGCGGUUGCCAAUCCCACAGCGCCUUACUUCGCACCUGAGUACCAGGAGCAAUGCCUCGACUCCCGGCCAAAGUCGAAGCACGAGCCCCAUGAGGUUGCCCGAGUCCAAGCCUCUGGUCCUUAAAGUCUCCGUAUUACGGGGAAGAAAUCUGGCCCCUAAGGAUCGGAAUGGUAGGAGCGAUCCGUAUUUGAUCGUCACACUCGGAGAUGCGCGGCAAUCGACGCCCAUGAUACCGAAGACAUUAAAUCCGGAAUGGAACGUCACUUUCGAGAUGCCCGUUGUCGGAGUGCCGUUGUUGGAAUGUAUCUGUUGGGACCAUGAUAGAUUUGGCAAGGAUUAUAUGGGCGAAUUUGAUAUUCCUCUCGAAGAAAUAUUUUCUCCGGGCGAAGUGUAUCAACAGCCACAAUGGUAUACUCUCACAUCGAAACGGAAGACGAUUAAGAAGAAGGAUAGCACCGUAUCUGGAGAGAUCCUUCUUCAAUUUUCGCUCAUCGAUACGUCGAAUCCAACCGCUUCUCCGACCGACACCUACAACAAAUACAAGAAUUUAGUUUGUGCCGGGGAGGAAGAGGAUGACUUUCCACAAAUCCCGCCUCUCGGUUUGGAUGGUGUCGACAGAGAUGAGGAAACAUCAGACGAGACCGACGACCCCUCCAAACCAGAGGUGGUCGAAAAACGGAGAAGAAGGCUGCGAUUGGCACGACUGAAACGCAAGUCAAUAGCAGCCAGAGCAUACCAAUUCUCCGGUGCCGGCAACGGUGUGCAGGGGAUCGUUUUUAUGGAGAUUGUCAAAGUAACUGAUCUUCCGCCGGAACGCAAUGUAACUCGUACCUCCUUCGACAUGGACCCGUUUGUAGUGACCUCGCUCGGAAGAAAGACUCUUCGGACUCCGGUUAUUCGCCACAAUCUAAACCCGGUUUACAACGAGAAGAUGGUUUUUCAAGUCAUGAAACACGAACAAUCUUAUACAAUAGGUUUUACGGUGAUGGACAGAGACAAAUUCUCUGGGAAUGACUUCGUCGCCUCCGCAGGUUUCCCACUCCAGACACUGGUCCAGGCUGCUCCCGACGCAGAUCCAGAAACUGGCCUGUAUAAGUUCUUGGACUCUACCCUCGAUCCGACAGGAUCUGAGCACUCAGGGUCCGACAAUACUGCGGGGAUCAAAAUCGACAUCAGCCCGUCUCCGUCCCAUAACAGUCUAUCGAAUAUGUCAAACAAAGUAAGAUCUCGGAGUAGCACUGCCUCCAUAUCAGCCCAGUCGGUCCAGUCGGCCCAUUCAGGCCAAGAACUAUCAACGUCGUCGCCUCCGGCAAUAGUCACCGAGGAAGGUUCAAGUGACAGCAUAUCAAAUGCUCCUACGAUGACAAAUAAUGGGAAUUAUGUUGCUUCCUCACUUGAUUCAGAUGGGCUUCAAGCAUACCGUAUUCCGCUGACCUUGAAAAAUAAGGAGCGGUGGGAGGAUAAGCAUUCUCCAUUACUUGUUGUCAAAGCAAAGUAUAUGCCAUACCGUGCACUUCGACAGCAGUUCUGGAGACUUAUGCUCAGACAAUACGACGCUGAUGAUAGCGGUCGUAUUGAUAAAGUCGAACUUACGACGAUGCUUGACACUUUAGGCUCGACGCUAAAGGAGUCCACGAUUGACAGUUUCUUCGAGAGAUUCAGUGUGGAAAAUGAACCAUGCGAGACCAUGGAUUUGACCUUUGAUCAAGCGGUCAUCUGUCUCGAAGAUACCCUUCAGGCUUUACAGAUAGCGAAUCGUGCGGGACCUAAGAAUCAUGCCCUGACUUCCUCAGCUAUUAGUCAAGAAAGUGAAGACCCGUCUAGUUGCGACGAGGAUAUUGAGACCAGCGCUGCUAUACCACCUACCACUGCCCCUCAGGCGUUGGCUGUACCAAUAUUGGCAAGUGACCAACUUGCUAUGGACGAAGAGCUUGAGCCGGAUGAUUUAGGUGAUGAAAGGGGCGAGGAGCAUGUGAUUGAAAUCCGAGAAUGUCCUCUGUGUCAUCAGCCGCGACUCUCAAAGCGUUCCGACGCUGAUAUCAUCACACACAUUGCUACAUGUGCGAGUCGGGAUUGGCGGCAAGUUGACAACCUCGUGAUGGGUGGCUUUGUGACCUCGAGUCAAGCACAACGCAAGUGGUACACAAAAGUCAUUACAAAAAUUUCCUAUGGGGGCUACAAGCUGGGUGCCAACUCUGCCAACAUUCUUGUUCAAGAUCGAAUUACAGGGCAAAUAAACGAGGAGCGCAUGAGUGUUUACGUUCGACUAGGUAUUCGACUAUUGUAUAGGGGGCUGAAGAGCCGAGAAAUGGAGAAAAAGAGAAUUCGCAAGAUUUUGAAGUCAAUGAGUGUCAAGCAAGGCAAAAAGUACGACGACCCGGCUUCGGCAAGCCAAAUCCAGGAUUUCAUCAAUUUCCAUCAGCUCGACUUGUCAGAGGUCCUGCUUCCCCUGGACAAAUUCAAGAAUUUCAAUGAGUUCUUUUACCGCCAACUCAAACCUGGUGCCAGGCCCUGCUCGGCUCCCAAUGAGCCUAGGAUUGUUGUGUCUCCAGCUGAUUGCCGAUCGGUUGUCUUCGACCGCAUGAAUGAGGCCACCGGCAUCUGGGUGAAAGGCCGGGAAUUCUCCAUCGAUCGACUCCUUGGGGAUGCGUAUCCGGAAGAUGUCCAACGGUACAGGAAUGGAGCCCUGGGAAUAUUCCGCCUUGCACCUCAGGACUACCAUCGCUUUCACAUUCCUGUAGAUGGUGUUUUGGGCACACCGAAAACCAUCGGAGGUGAAUACUACACAGUAAACCCUAUGGCAAUCCGCUCCGCGCUGGAUGUGUAUGGUGAAAAUGUGAGAGUCCUUGUACCGAUCGAUUCUGUUGCGCACGGUCGUGUUAUGGUGGUCUGUGUUGGAGCAAUGAUGGUAGGCAGCACUGUGAUAACCCGGCAGGGUGGGGAGAAGGUUUCUCGAGGGGACGAGCUUGGGUACUUCAAAUUUGGCGGGAGCACUCUUCUGCUCCUGUUUGAGGAAGGAACAAUUAAAUUCGACUCCGACUUAGUGGGUAACUCGAAGGGGCCUCUGGAAACUUUGAUCCGUGUGGGUAUGUCUGUGGGUCACAGCCCGGACAUCCCUCAGUUCGAGCCCGAUAUGCCGAAGAAACCAGAGAGUCUCACUUCAGAAGAUAUCCAAGCCGCCAGGCGCCGAAUCGAAGGCAGUCUAGCCCCACUGGCCGAUGGGCGUUUUCGGAACUCCCAAAGGAGCUUAGCGCCACAUCCCACGCGCCACUACCAAAACAACCGCGUGCUGCGGCGACUUGCAAGAGCAAACCCCCGUCAACCCGACGCCGGUCUUUACGCCCUGCUGCGCAAGGAGCGCUUUUCAAUCCCGCAAACGGUCUAUGAAUCAGAUUUGAUUGUAUCCAGUGGUCGCUGCCAAUUGCGUCUGGUUGUUGAAAGCGCGCCACGGACGCUUCGACACGUCGCAAGCCCCCCCCCAUUCUUCGUCACUGGGUUGGCCGACCGACCUAGUAGUCAACUGCGACCGCGCGAAAUUCGUGCACCUACGACAAAUAGCUCAGAGAGGAUUUCAACAGCACAGAAUAGUCGAUUGGUUGAGUCUUUUUUGGUUGUCUUGUGUUUUGGGGAGGUGAAAUUCGUCAAGGGGUAUUUGAAAAAGCGGGCGGCAGGCAGCUCUCAAUUGCUCGAACAGAGGGGCCAUUCAUCGCAGUACCACGACUGUUGCUUGGAGACAUCGAAGGAAAAGAGUGCGAAAAGGCUCUUUCCAACAUUUCGACAGCUCUUUGAGCUUCUGUUGUUGCUUUUACCCACCACACCUCCGCUUUCUCUCGGCCCUGACAUGAUCGUGACGGUUUUGGCUACCACUACCACGAAGACAGAGCGUCGCCAACCUCUUAGACAAAUCGAUAUGGUAACAUCGCAGGCGCAGGCGCGAUUUGUAUCGUCCUCGUCUGGAAAACACGACCGGAUAGGGACAAGAGCCAGUACGCGACUAAGCUUGACCAGCCAAGAGAAGGAGGAAAAUGCGAGCCGCACCAAAAGAAAAAGCUCGUUUGAUGAAGAUGUAGACGAUUUUCAGUUUACUCGCAUUAAGCCAAAGAAAGCAAAGCCCACUGUCGAUGCCAUUCCCGAGGUCCCUCAACCACUCCCGGAGAAAUCUGCCCCCCAACAGUCGCCGAAGAGAGGUCGACCGCCGAAAAAACGUCAGGAACCCAAACCGGAUAGUUCGGGGGAAGUGCAAAAUACAAUAGAAAGCAAGCCUAAACGACAAACGCGGGGGGCGGCAAAAGCCGCGUUGGUUGAGCCAGAAACACAACCGGCGAGUGCUACGCGCUCAACGCGCAAGGGGGAUCACGUCGAGCCCGUGCCGAAGGAGAAAAAACGGAGGAAAGGCAGACCGAGCAAAUCCAAUGAUGAACCCCAACAGCAGAAUGGCUUUGUAUCUCCGGAACCACCGAAAGCAGGGACGGCGACAAUUGCACUACCCAUAGCCGAUACGCCGGUCAUGCAACGGAAUAAAGAGAUGAGGGGGCAAACGAAAUCAGGGAAAGGGAAUAGACGGAGUAGUCUAGGGAUGAGGGGACGACGAGCCAGCUCGCUGAUUGACUCUGGGGCAUCUAACGCCUUACCUCAUAAGGAGGUUGAUACAGCGGAUUUCUAUAAGCAUAUCGCUAGCGACGGCUUACCAGAACCGCGGAGGAUGAGGCAACUGUUGACGUGGUGUGCUACUCGCGCGUUGGGUGAGAAGCCUUCGGGAUCAAGUACCGAGGAUGCGAGUGAACGUCUAGCGGCGCGCGUGAUCCAAGAAGAACUACUUAAAGACUUUUCCACUAAUUCGGAACUAUCUAACUGGUUUGCUCGGGAAGAGGUCGACUCUCCAUCGGUCGUAGUGAAGAAGCCGAAUCCAAAGAACGUGCAGAAUACAGAGAAGAUUAAGGAAUUAGAGGAACAAAUACAGAAGCUACAAAAACAGAAACAGGCUCUUAAUGCACUUCUUCGCCCGCCGCCUAGUCCAUCAAUCAAACCAGCAUCAAAGCAGCUAGACACUGCACAAAACGGCCAGUCCGGGCCUCCGCCGUCACAGGCCGAGUCGAACACUAACAAACGUGCGCGGUCACCAGAGCCCGAUCCAAUUGAUCUGUCAUUACUGGAGCCGUCCCAGCAACAACUUUAUGCAUUAAUAGACCCCAACGCUGCGACGCGCCAUCCAGAUACGGAGUUGCAGAAAGCGCAGUCGUCCUGGGAACCUAACUCUCUAUCCACCGUUACACCUUCAACUAUCUCUACACGCCUUUCCCGUAUAGCCGCAGGUCUAGUGCCAACAUUGGAUUCAUUUGCAGCCGGGGUCCACGAUAUUGAGCUUUAUCGGGCUAUGUCCGACAGCGUAUCAUCACGAGUAUUGCGCAUCUGUGCGGAGAGACUGGACGAGCGCGAUGCAAGGAAUUCAUUGCGACGACUGGCAAUUGAGGAAGAGGAGGGAGACCACCAAAAUAUUAGUAUACGGCAGCGGCCUCGGGAAGAUUUGGGUAUGAUCCUAGGGGCACUAAGUCGCGUUGAGAGACGGUGA